AUGGUCAAUUGGAAGUUUUCAUCUCUACUCUUGCUCUCCCUACGAGCUCUCGGCACCGUUGCUGAGCCCGCAAAGCAAGCAGUCGACGAGCCUCAAACUCCCAACCUCAAUGUCGCCGUCUCCGUGUCCUUCCCCCAAUCUGAGAUCUUUGGCGUCAAGCUCAUCAACGGCCAGCCCACGCAGGCGCGUCUGUCCGUGGUCAACAAUGAGCCCGCUCCUGUCGGCGUCACCAUUGUCGGUGGCUCGCUGAUCCAGGAAGUUGCAGGACAAUCCCAGAUCCUUCGCAACCUCACCCGCCAGCGCUACUCGAUCCAAAUUCCUGCUGGCGCCAACGAGACAAUUCCUUACAGCUUCACGACAGAAAUGCACCCUCAGAACCUUCGUCUUCAGCUCGUGACUGUGCUGAAGGAUAGCAAGAAUAACCUCAUCACCGUUCCGGUCUACAACGAGACUGUCAGCAUUGUUGAGGCACCUACCAGCUUCUUUGAUCCUCAGAUUAUCUUCCUAUACCUCGUUCUCCUCGGCGCGUUCGGUGGAACUGUCUACUUUGUUUACAACACCUGGAUCUCUACCUUCUUUCCCCAGAAGAAGGGCCGCGGCAAGGGUGGCGAGCGCGCUAAGAUGUCCUCAGGCCAGAGCAAGAAGGUCGAUCCCGCCGACCAGGUUGCUGUCGUCGGCGCUGAUGGCCCCGCUGUUACUUCAGGUGCAAAGGCCUACGAUGAGAGCUGGAUCCCCGCCUCCCACCUCCAGCGCCCAGAAGCCAAGCGCGUCCGCAGCGGUGCGAAGCCCCGAGCUUAGACACCCUGAGUUCAAGGUCAAAUCUGUUGGGACAACUGGGUAAUAUGAACAACAUAUUAGCAUGCGCGGGAUGUGGGUAUGCUUGCAUAUCCUAGACUCGAACGCAGUUGGACGUUGGAAGAUACGUCACUGUGUUGUACGCAGGAGGCUUGGAUAACGAUUUGGAUGUACUAUAUUGCGACGUCUAAAAGUUGGCCGAUCUUGUAUACUAGGAAAAAGAAAUGUCACUAUUCUUCUGACAUCGAAUCGUUCACCAUACACUUCAGCAUGCGUCGUGGAUGCAGCCAGCAAAACACCUGCUACACCGCAAGAAUGACGAGACGCUGAGCUCACAGGUAACUCUCGCGCCCUCAUACCCGCGGAUGCAACACUCGCUUCUCAUAUGCAUUGCUCUGCAGUUGCAUCCGCAGU